AGCUAACGAACGGUUGAGCGUAGCGUCGAGUAGACCGCAUCCCAAGUAUAACGUACGUAUUCACGAGGACCUUCUCCUAUACAUCGUGGAAAAAGCGUGUAUGAAGUCGCUUGUGCUACCAGGAGUACUAGUAGUGAUCGUGUAGUGCGCCGGCUGGACAAGAGAAACGUGGUGUGACGACAGUGAGAGAGCACGGUAGCGCGUGCGGUGCGUGUCGCGAUACACGACGGCUACGAACAAGACUCCAUACGAAUGUGAGGGUACGUGUGCGUUUACGUGUGGUGUGCGUGCAUACACCUUGUGAGAGCGAGCGAGCGAGUGGAGCGAACGAGCGAGUGCGUGCGUGCGUACGCGCGCGCGCAACGUGUGCGUGCCUGUAUGUCCUGUACGAGGGAGACAGAGGAGCGUAUGCGUGGUGGUGUGAGUGCGUGAGUCGUGUAAUUUCUUCGUGCGUCCUUCUUCUUUUCGUUGUUGGUGGGACGGUUCGACAAACCAGGCCGAAGUGACAGACAGAUCGUCCGCGUGUACGAUAUGUCGGAACACCACCGCGUAGCCGGUGGCUGGGGCACAGCAAGCCCAGGAAGCCGCGAGGAUGGCUCCGGUGGUACCGCCUGGUGGCCUUCAGGUUUAAACGCGGUCUCAGCCGAACAACAACAGCAACAACAGCAGCAACAACAACAGAAUCUACAUCAACAUCUGAUGAACCAACAGCAACAGCUAUCGCAACAACAGCAGGCGCAACAGCAACAGCAUCAUCAGGAUAUCGUUAGAAGUACCGCCGCCGCAACCCAGCAGCUUUUCUCCUACAAGAUGGCCUCCAGCUUUCAGAACCCAGCCACCACGGGCACGCAGUCGAACGUUUCGACGUCUACGCCGGUUGGUUCCUGCAUGAGGGGAGGCUAUGAUUAUAGAUUAGCAACCGGGACUGGCGGAGGUGUACCUGGUACACCUUCCGCACCACCGCCUGGCGUACAGUGGUGGUACCCAGGUGGAGUUAUGGACGCCGGACAGAACAACCUGCAUCAGCAAUUGCAGGGCCAACAACAGCAGCAGCACCUCUCGUCCAUUACCACACAAACGUCCACGCCCCCCGUUAUGUCCCCGCAUCAGCUACAGCAGCUAACGCAGCAACAGAAUAAUCUUCAGCAGAAUAACGCUCAGGGCUUACAACAGCGAGACAAUAUGCCGAGGGGAAAGGACUCGAAGCCAAGGGGACGGAUGACCGCGUACGCGUUCUUCGUCCAGACGUGUCGCCAGGAACACAAAAAGAAGCAUCCCGAGGAGAAGAUCGUUUUCCGGGAGUUCUCCAAAAAAUGCGCAAUGAGGUGGAAGACUAUGUCAGAUAAAGAGAAGAAACGUUUCCAUGAAAUGGCAGAAAAAGACAAGAAGAGAUAUGAUGCAGAAAUGCAGAAUUACACACCACCCAAAGGCGAAAGUAAAGGCAGAGGCAAGAAACGCAAACACAUCAAAGAUCAUAAUGCUCCUAAGAGAUCACUGUCUGCUUUCUUCUGGUUCUGUAAUGAUGAACGUGGAAAGGUCAAAAUGCUGAAUCCUGAGUUUGGUGUAGGUGAUAUUGCUAAGGAACUGGGCAAAAAAUGGUCAGAUGCAGAUCCUGAGACUAAAUCGAAAUAUGAGGCUAUGGCAGAACAAGAUAAAGCUCGAUAUGAAAGGGAAAUGACUGCGUACAAAAAGAAAAUGAAGGACGGUGCACCCGUAGUAGCAAAUCCAGUGAAUACUGUAAAAAGCGACAGUGAAGAAGAGUAUAAAGAAGAUGAUGAAUAGCGGAUACACGACAAAAUUUCAUCUAUCACCCCGUGUCCUUGAUCCUGAAAGCAUACCUCACCUACUGUACGUACCAUUGACCUUAGCGUGAGCGUACUUACACCACUAGGGAAACGAAUAACUAAUCACCAGUCCCCGAUUAUUUACAAUAAUAAUUCAAAUACCCGCGAUUAUAAUAAUUAUUUUAAAAUUGUAUGUAUGUGAGGCGCGAGAGAAGACCGUGUGAGUGACAUUUGUAUUUUAACAUAUUGAUAGUAACAUGUAAAAUGGCGUAGGAUAGCAGAAUGAAAAGAAUAUGGUGCCCACUUUGUAUCAGGUGGAAGGCGCAGGGGCUCAAUCAUUGUUGACAUUGUCUCCAGACUAUGUUAAAAGCUAACGUAGUUGCAAAUCGUAAUACAGGAUACGGCGGCUCCAUAGUUGGGCGGUAUCACUCGAUAUAGUUUGAUAUUUAUCAGUUCAGUUCAUUCGUUGCCAGUGUAAGAAGACUUAUUGUAUAUCCUUGUACAGAACAUUUCUUUAAAUCAAAUCUGUCGCAGGUGGGGCAUGGGGCUGCUUUGUAUGAAUGUAACUGAUUUAAGUACGUGUCGUAUAGUUGUAAGUAUUAGGCUAAGUAUAUUUUAAAUGCAACUUCGAUUCUACAUCUGCGUCAACAUGUGAUAGUUUUCACUAACAAUGUAUUCUAAACCAGGAGAUUGAGCCUUAUAUAGCUUAUAAGUAAUUGGAAUCGAAACAAAUAUCUCUGAUUGACAAUUUUUCGAAAAUAACACAAAAUUGGGACGACGACAACCCAGCCAUGGAGCAGUGGUAUUGCAAAGUCCUUUAAUUUACGCAAAACGAAUAAUUUCUGUUCCUCAUAUUAUUGAUAGACGGAGCUAUCUAAUUUCUUUUAUAAAACUGAUCAUAAAUUUGUGUUUACGUUGUCUUAAGGAUUAUUAUAAUUUCUCAAUCUUUUUAUAACGACAUUAAAACGAUACAUUUUCGUUAUUAUCAGAAUCAAUUGACAGUCUUCAAAGACAUACCAAACUAGAAUUGUAUUUUGAGUUUUAUCUAAUUGAAGUAGUCCCUGCCCUUACCAUCGUCAUCCUCCCUCUCAUAUUCAUUUUUCCAAUAAAGGAAAUACGUUUAAAUCCUUUCAGAAUCAUGUGAUUCCGUUCAUUGUUUAAGAAAGUAAGAUAGGGCGUGUCUUGUAUUGCCUCGAGUCAUCUGGUGUACAGCAGGCUGUAUUAUAAUAAAUUAUUGUGGUUUCUUGUAAUAUUAACAUUCCUAGAUCUUAGUAUGUACAGAUCUUAAUCAUUGAGAUUAGAGCCAACUGUGUAAGAAGCAUACCAAACAAAACCGGCUAGGUAAUGCAGAUGUGAAUUUCGUGGCCAAGAAUUGGUAUGCAAAACGAAUAUACAAGAGGCUUUGUUACAGUUCAGACUGACUUGCACCUUGAUUUGGCUCAGCAGGUAACCACUACUUUUUGACAUAAAGCUUUUCAUCUCCCCUGCACAUUGUCAUAUAACGGAUAAUUGUGUGAUUAUAUAAGCAAAAACAAAACCUGUUUUAGAGGGAGCUAGAGGACGAAUACUGUAAAAUAUGAAAUUGUAAUAUUUUAAUACUGAUUUGCAGAUGUGCAUAAUUUUAACAUAGCUGGUUAAAAUGAAUUGUACUGAUACGAAGGUAUCCAUUUGAUGGAGAUAAUUAAUAAAAAGAUAUUGAAAAUUACGACAGAAUUUUCUGUAUUAUUAU